AUGGCCACCUACAAGAUCGCCGCCCCAGAUGAGUACCUCGCCAUCACUGGCAUGGGCGUCAAGUCCGUCAAAAUCACAAAGGCGGCUUGGGUAUGGCCGUUUCAGCGCUGCAUGCGCUUCAGUGUGCAGCCCCACGAUUACAGCAUGAAUCUCCAAGCCAUGACGAAGGAGAAACUGCAGUUCCUGCUGCCUGUAGUCUUCACCGUCGGCCCCGAUGUCAACCAGCGAGGCGCAAAUACCAAGAAAGGUACCGGGAAUGCCGGCCCCGCCGAGGGCGUCCUCGUGGGCGAUGCCACGACAGCCGGCGGCGGCGAGCACGCCCAAGACCACCGGCGCGAGGACCAGGGCGACGCGCUGAUCAAGUACGCCAUGCUCCUUGCCGACUCGGGAAACCACGUCAAGGGGGCCAACAACCACCAGUUCCUCGAGAACAUCGUCAAGGGCAUCAUCGAGGGCGAGACCCGUGUGCUGGUGUCGAGCAUGACCAUGGAGGAGAUCUUCACGGAGCGCGAGGAGUUCAAGCACCGCAUCUUCCGCAACAUCCAGACCGAGCUGAACUCGUUUGGUCUCAUCAUCUACAACUCCAACGUCAAAGAACUCAAGGACGCGCCCAACUCCAUCUACUUCGAGUCGCUCAGCCGCAAGGCGCACGAGGGCGCGACCAACCAGGCCCGUAUCGACGUGGCCGAGGCGCAGCUGCGCGGCAAUGUCGGCGAGGCGAAGCGCAAGGGCGAGCAGGACCGGGAGCUGGCCAAGAUCAACGCCGAGACGGCCGUGCAGAAGACGGAGCGCGACAUUGAGCGGGCGCAGGCCGAGGCCGUGCUGGCGACGCGCAAGACGGAGCUCAACCGCGACGUCGAGAUUGCGCGCAUCACGGCGGGGCGCAACACGGAGGCGCAGGACGAGGACCUCAAGCGCGACGUCGAGAUCAAGCGCGCGGCGGCCGAGAUGGAGCGGCUGCGCGCCAAGGACGUGGUCAAGGCCACCAUCGCGCGCGAGUCGCAGCAGCAGGCGGCCGACGCGCGCGCCUACGAGAUCGAGGCCGAGGCCAAGGCCAACUUCGAGAAGAACAAGCAGACCACCGACGCCGGCGCCUACAAGAUCAAGGUCGACACCGACGCCGCCGUGUACAAGACCAAGCAGGACGCCGAGGCCGACAGUUACGCCGCCCUGCGCAUGGCCGAGGCCGACCUGCAGCGCAAGCUCAAGGAGGCCGAGGGCCUGGCGGCCAUGGCCGAGGCUUAUGGCAAGCUGAGCCACGCCUUUGGCGGCCCCGCGGGGCUGCUGCAGUUCAUGAUGAUCGAGAAGGGCACGUACGUGCAGCUGGCCAAGGCCAACGCGCAGGCCGUCCAGGGCCUGCAGCCCAAGAUCAGCGUGUGGAACACGGGGCCCGAAGCCGGUUCCGGGUCGGGGUCGGACGGCGGCCCCAGCAGCACCGCCGCCAUGCGCAACAUCUACCAGAUGCUGCCGCCGCUCAUGACCACCAUCAACGAGCAGACGGGCAUCACCCUCCCCGAGUGGCAGUUUGGCCGCCUCGCUGGCCAAAUGUCGCAGCUCGAGCGCGGCGGCGGUGCCGACCUGAAGUCUAACGGCAAGGUCGUGUAG